CAAUAAGCAAACACAAAAAAAAAAUACAACAAAUAAUUUAAAAGCCAUUUUAAAUAAGAUGCAGGGGUAUAACUAAAGAAGAAAAAAGUGUGCGUCAAUUUUGAGCAGGAGUUUACAUAUUUAUUUGUAUAUCUAGCAUAGCAUCCUUUAAUUUUGUUUAAGACAUGAAAAUUGAAAGUGGAGUAUCACAGCCAUAUUGUGGCUUUCACGUGAACAAGAUUUAAUUUAAAAGUCCACGUUCGGAAAAUUCUCCGUAUUUUGAACUAGUCGAAAUAUUUCGGGGGGAACACUUAAAAUAAGGCGGACUGAUACUUUGUUCAUUUCUUCAGAAAAAAAAAUGACCAAAUAGAAUAAAAAGUUACCAAAUGACCAAGUGAAUAUAAAAUAACAUGUAUUGGUGAUAUAUGACCAUUGUGGUAACCGUGGCAUAUGCAUAAAUGUAGUGCCUCUCUGCAAAUCAAAGUCCACAAGAGCAUAGAGCUUCGUCCUUCGUGUCAUGUCCAGUGCAGUCAAUCACCAUUACCAUUGGCAAUUUAAAAACAAUCCCAUAUAAACUAUAUUCAAAUUGCGUAGGUCCCCAUUUCCAUCCAGGUACUCAUCAAAAUGAUAGAAAAGUUCAGUCAGUUUGAGAGUGGCUAUCAAAUGUGGAAGACGUUGUUAUCUCCCGCUUGGAACAGCACACAACCAAUUUCAUCUGAAAUUGACAAAAUAAUCAAAACAAAAUGGCAGAAUCAAUUAUAAGUAUCAGUGAUAGUGAUGAUGAAGAUGUUGUACCUUCUACAUCAGCUUCAGCAUCCUCCACAUCACGAAAUAAUCCUUCGCCAUCAACGAAGCCACCACCAUCACUGGAAUUCUCGUUAUUAUCAUCUGCAAUGUCUAGUUUUAAUAUCUCAACACAAUCAAGUUAUGAUUCAGCAUCCGGAUUGGCGGCAAUGUUUAAACCUUUGGGAGCUGAUUUGUUGGAAGCAAGACAAUUACAAGCAAUGAAAAAAAAGAGAAUGGCCAUUUUAACACCGUUUCCAGUUGUUCGAGAUGUUGUCACUAAAUUGAGAUUAUUGUUAGGAAUUCACGAAUCAAAAAGAAAUGUUUUGGGAAUUGCUCAAGAUUAUAUCACAUCCUUGAAGUUCUACCAACGGCAAAUAAUGAACUGUCCAAACAGGUGUCGCUUGCUGGCAAGACAUAUAACUAUGACUAUGUGUUUAAUAAGAGACCUUAGUAGGCAUUUGUUUGAUAGUCCACAUUAUUCACAAAAAAUAAGUGAACUGCUUGGAUUAUAUAUAUUUUUUGAACUUCACUGCGCAACAGAUUUUAAAGACUCGAAAGUAAAAAUUGCAGAAAGAAUAAUUAGCAAUAUUCAUCUACAUUUACAGAACGCUAAAGCAAAUUUUGUACUGAGAAUUUUUGCUUUUCUUGACAACAUGUGCAAACAAGGUGAAAUAGCAACAAAAGUUUUUCAACGAUUAAUACCUGAACCAAUAGUUAUGGUUAAGAAUGAAUUACCUGAUCGGUUAUUCAUUCAGUACUUGAUUGUUUUUUAUCACUGGAAAGAAGCUUGGAAUGACUAUGAAGAUCAACAGAAAGUUGUUGCUUUUGCAAAUAAAUUUAUGAAACCAAUGAACACGAUUAAAUCAAAUGAUAUAUAUUCAAAACACUUGCCUUCUUAUAUUAAACGUGAUGAUGCGGCGGGAUAUUUUCUGUCAAAUUUGGUCUUUUUUAAUGAUUUAAGAACUGCUUCAAUAUUGGAUGGAGUUCUAGACAAUGGAAUAAUUGACCUAUGUGACGAUGAAAAAGUAUAUCCAAUUUUAGAUUUAUCCCAAACAAUUUUCGAACCAGUUCAACCGCUAGUACAAAAUAUUAAAGUGGAACCGAGAGAAAUGGAUGGAACAGUUGAUCUGACUGAGGAUGAUGAUGAAACGUGGCUAAAUAAACUAAUCCGUCGAGCAGUGGCACUCGAAGUAAUACUUCCGCCAAGAUUGCUUGCUAGAAACGAAGAUCAAGCUCCUGCGGUAAUUGAAUUGUCAGACUCGGAUAAUGAAAAUGAAGAAGAAAAUGGUAAUGAUGAUGAUUGGGCAUUUGGUCCAAGAAAUGAUCAACAACCACAACUGGAAGAGGAGCAGCCGCAAAUCGAAGGUGAACAACAGCAACCAGCAGCAGAACCAGAGAAUCCACAAGUCAAUCAAGAAGAUACUGAUUCAUUAAAUGAUUUAUUUAAUGAGUUAAAUUCAUCACUUGAUUUUGGCGAUGAGUCAACAACUGAAUCAGAAAAGGGAAGGAGAAAGAUCCAAAAAGAGCGAUAUGAAUAUGCUGUUAAAUUAACUGAUGCUCAGGUUCGUCUUACUUUUGAUGGUGUAGUUGAGAAGGAACUUAGGGCUAUGGUAGUCCAAGGACAAGCUGUGGCUGCAGAAGCUGUACCAGUUGAAGCUGCAUCUGAUGGACCAUCCACAUCAACAGCGGCAGCAUCUGCUCGAUCAGUGUCUGAAAAAACAGAUCCUGUGUCCAACUCAGAUGAUCAACCUACUAUAUCAAAAACAGCUCCAGUGAGUAAGAAUCUAAUUUCGUCGAAGGCUGCUGCAGCUACUGAAAAACCUGCUUCGACGGAAAUGGUUGUUGAAUCAACCAAAAACACUUCUGCUUCAUCUUCGAUGUUGACUGAACCUAGUGAAAAAUCAAAUUCAUCGAAAGUACCCGAUGCAGUCAUUGAAGAGCCCGAAAUCAUAAGCGAGCCUGCGGCGUCAAUAUCACAUCAAGAUGAUGAAAAUGAGGAGCCUUCAAUAUUUACUUCAGAUAUCAUUGAGGAAGUACAAAGUAACCCAGUUAGAAAUGAUCAAGAAAUAUCAACUGAAUCUGCUGCUUUGGUUGUUGAACAACCAGAAGCGCAAAGUGCAAAUGUUGAUCCAACAACAGAUCAUGAUCAAACCCUAAGUACUAUUCUGCAGCAAAUACAAUCUCCAAGAGACGCAAUUACGUACACCAUGGAUACAUUGUUGUCAUCAUUUGAUUCGAGCGAUGAGAGUGACGAAGAUUUUAUUGGUCGUUUCCAAAAACCACCAUUCAAAACUUACCUCAGAAGAGCACAUAAAAGAUUAUCAAAAAGAGAAAAAGCAAUUGGAAACUUUUCAACUGGCUCGUCUGAGGAAAACGAUGCAACAAAUGUUGAAGCUAAAAAAUUAUCAUCACUGAAUGAAAAUGAAAACAACAACAAACAACAGACUUUGUCGCCACCGAUCUUGCCAUUAAGCAGCGACACCACAACAAACACUGAAAAUCCUAAUGUUUUGUUUAGUGGCAAGGUUAUAUCUUUACGCGAGGAUGAUGGAGCAGGUGGAGUUACUCCGAAUUAUUUGAAAUCACCCGAAUCGGUAGAAGUAUCGAAACAUGGAUCAAAUGUAGUGUUUAGCAUGCAAGGACGGAGACUUUCAUCAUUCCCAUCGCUCAAAGUGACGUCGAAUGAUAAUACAAUGCCUGAUUUUGAUGAAGAAAUUGCUAUGACUGGUGGAGAAGAUAGCAAUAGUCGAACCGAUGAUAUAACAUUUAGAAAGAAAGCAUUCAAAAAAUCAAGUAUUGCUAAUGCUAAGAAGGCAAAAUCUGCACAAGGCGCUGAUAAACACCGUUCCAAAGCCAAAAGUGUUUGGUUUGCUGAAAAUCCACAAGUUCGAGAAAUUGAAUCUCGCAAAUCAACACCAUCACCACAAAAAUCAACAUCUGCAAUCAACGUUAUUAGUUCAACAAUCAACAAAAUCAGUGCCAACAAGCAACAUUUUACAUCGAAAAUAUUAUCAACACCUUCAACAUCAACAACAACACAACCAACAACAUUAACAACAUUAAUAAAUAAAACAAAAAGUAAUUUCUUCGAUACAAAUAAAUUUACAAAAUCAAAUCACUUAAUACAAAAUCGUUCAAAUCCAAUAACAACCGAAUCAUCAGCCAUCACAGCAGCAUUAAAAUCAGCCCAAGAAAAAGAUUUGCUUCAAAAACUUUUCCCUGAAGCAUUUCCUCAGGCAUCAACAAAGCAACCAGAACGCAAAAAUAAUAAUAAUGCACCUAAAACUCCUGCUUUAAUCAAAGCAGCAAUAUCAUCAUCAUACAAUUUAAAUACAGCAAACAAUGCUAAUAAAUCUCAUGAAAUUAAUUAUCGUCGAGUAUCGGUUACAUCAGUUUCAACAGCUGCUAUGGCCGAUACUAUAAUCAACAAUAAAGGCGAAAGUCGACGUAAAUCUAUAUCAACUAGUUCUGAUAAGCAGAUGCCGAGUGAUUUCGAUAAGUAUCUUGUAAGAAAGAAGUUAUUAAAACCAUCAAAACUAGCAGCAGCAGCAGCAGGGUCAUCUGCUGUAACACCAAAAACUAAUAAAAAUGCAAUUCCCAAGACUGAUAAACCUAAAACCAAGCAGCAGCAACAGCGUCCACGAAAGUCCGCAAAAACAUUAGCAUUAAUAGCUAAUGACCCGAAAUUGGGCAAUCAGAUGAAACCAAUUGUGCUGUUGAAUCGUGUCGAGGGACCAGUUUUUAUAUUAAGAUCUGGUAUGUCGAAUCAGACAUUUACUGAAAUCAGUCCGGGGGUGUAUAAAUUGAAACAAUCACCAUUACCAUCACCAACACCGCAAUCAGCAUCAGUAGGAGCAGCUGAACCUUUGAUAACACCUGCUAGACAAAUUCCUGCAAUACGAACUAAAUCAUUGAGUGAUAUCUUAUCAGAUGUUGUUGUUCAGGAAAUGACAGCUACUGUCCCAAAAGGAAAAGAUAAUCCUCGAAAUGAAUCAAUAUCAGAUGCAAUAUUAACUGAUGCAAGUGUUGUUGUUGUUGUUGAAAAACAGAAACAAAAACAACAACAUGAUGUUUCACCAUUACCCAGUAUAGUAGCAGUUACAGUUUUGGACAAACUUCCACUUGAGGAGAAGGAGAAAGAAGAAGAUGGUAAAACUGAAGAAGAAACUGUACAGCCAAAAAUAGUGCCAUUGAGUAGUAAUAACGCUUCUGUAAAAUCUCAAGAUGAAAUGGAGCUAAAGCUUAUCAAAAAAGAAGAGAUGGAGGCUAAGUCACCAUCCCUAGAUAUGAUUCCCUCCAAGCCAGUUUCUUCAGAUUGUUUUAAGAAACCACUCAAGUCGAUGGCACAAAAGCGCUCUAUUAUGCACAACACAAGUAAGUGCACUUCACCCACUGCUCCAAUUGGACAAGAAUCACCACGAUCUUCUUUAACACUUGAAGCUGUGGCGUCGUCAAUUCGGCAUGAAAUCCAAGAGCCCGUUACAUCUUCUACCAAUAAUCACCUUUUCCCGCCUUUAACAAGUGAAUCUGAGUCUGACUCAUCUUGUCGAACUGAACAAAUUGGCGAUCGAGAAUCAUCAGAGCUUUCCGAUUCAAGUCAAUCCCUAUCGCCUCGAAAAUCAUUAAAAGUUCGACUGAGGCGAUGUCCUGUUGGUCAAAAACAACAAUUAUUAGAAUCCAGCACUGUUUCGAAAAGUAUUAUGGAUGAAAUGAAAUCGAAAGCUUCUGAUGGCGCAAGAAAACGUCGAGCUAGGAAAAGCUUAGAGAAAAAAGGUGUUGAACACGUUGAGAAAAUUUUCGAAAGUGCUGAUUCAUCGACAUCAUCGGCGCCGCCACCUAUGAACUUAGAUCAGCAGCAACAACCACCGCAAUCGGGUUUAAUAAAUGGAGUUUUAGUGCCAAGCAUUGAAGCUAUGAAUACACCGCCUCCAACUCCACCCACAACGGUUGAUGAUAAAAGUUCUGUUGCCGAUGAUACUUCGCAAGAAGCCAAAUCUCAAACUGCCAGUGAGGCCAGCAAUAUUCAUAAUCCAUCCCCACAUCCGCCCGUCGUCAUUUUUGAAAAUGGUGGUGAGAACGGAAGCAAUGUUCACAUUCUAUCAUCAAACGUCGACCUCCCGCCCAUUGAAAUUGGUGAAAAUUUGCAGGCGCAUGCAAAUCAAGUACUCAAUUUUAGAUCUGCUGCACCUGGUCAGCGGAGAAGAUUUGAAUCAGUAAGCUUGCCAUCGACGAAUAAGAAACGUCCUCGCAAAAAAUCCACCACAACCAUGGAAGCGAGUGAUAGCGAUGAUAUGCCCGCAAAAGAUACUUCCAGAAGCCAUUUGAAAAAACGUCGAAAAACUAUUUGCACCGAUGUCUUUAACCCGCCAAACAUUUCAUCUGAUGAAGAAAUCUGUUCAACUAAGGCAGCCGCAGAUUCGCGAACGUUUAUAUUUGAAUGGGGCUCGAAAGUGUCGAUGGCAUUAUCAAAAGAUAGACAGGAUGAUGAAUCUUCUUCAGUAAGACUGAAUAUAGAAGAGAAUUCUCCGUCUUCUAAUGAUUUAUGCGAUUCGUCACGGUUGUCACCAAUUAAUCCUCCGGAUGCAAGUUCGACACUUAAAUCUAAUUCUGCUGAUCAAAUUGAAAUUGAUGGAAGUCCAUGCCGCAGUAGACCCAACUGUGAUAGCCCUGUGGCAAAAACACGGAAUUUGGCGGUAAGUCGAACAUAUUCAAAAAUUAAUAUGGUGCAGCAAGUCUUUGUGCCCCCAGAAAUCGAAAUGUUCAUUGAAGAGCCAACUAACUUUGGUGGUGUCAACGAAAUGUCAACACCCUAUAACUUGGUCUCAACAUCAACAACCAACAUCGGUGUUGGACAACAACAACGACGUAGCAAUAAAAAGAAAAGUACUCGAAAGAAAAUCACAAUCACAACCGACGAAGAAGAAGAUGAUGACAACCGAGGAGACAAGGACUAUCAAGAAAUCCCGAGGAAGACCACGAAAAGGGAAAGAAAAAAAGGUGCAAUUCGAGGCAGACCCAGAAAGAAACAGUUGAUGUAGACGAAAUUAAUUAAUUUAAUAAUCAUGGACUUAAAAAAAUUAAAGAUCUUAAUAAAAAUAAUUUAAAAAAAAGAGAGAACUUACAAAAACAAAAAAAAUAAACAAAAAAAAAGAAUAGAAACCCUUCCGCACUUAAAUAUUAAUAUAAAUUAUAUAAUUGUAAAAUAUGUGUAUAACUAUUGAAUUGAUGUAAUGUGAUAAGUUAAUGAAACAACAAUAAAAUUAAACAAAAAAAAAAUAAAAUUAAUUUUCUUGGAUUAUUCUUCACCAAUAUUCUACACCACAAAACACACACAUCAUCAAAUAACAACUUUAAUAUUGCUGAUGGAUUUUUUUUUUAUUAUUUUGCUAUAAAAUAAUUUUUCAAUAAAUUUAAAUAUACCCAAUUUUACUUUAAAAUAAUUAAAUUAAUUUUAGGUAUCUUUACAAAUAUUAUCCCAAUUUAUAUUUAUUGGUUACAAGUUCGUUACAAAAAAAGAUAAUUAUUUAAUUUUGUUUAAAAUUUUUGUUUAUAUAUUAUGUUAUAGUCAUUUUUUUUAAAUAAUUAGUUGUUUUUAAUUCCCCGGAACGAAGCAAUAUUAAGAUGGACAGCAACAAGAUUUUUUUUUCAGCAAAUUUUUCAUAAAUAAUUUUAAAUUAAAAUUUGAUGAGAGAUGAAUACAAAAACAAAAUAAUUACAUUGAGAACAAAAACAAAAAACAAUAGAACAAAUAAAACAAAUCAACUACAUGUGAUGAUGAAGGGCGGAUACAAUUUUUAAGCAUGUUAACACCCG